AUGCCGAAAUUUCAGAGGCAAACAACUCAUGCCCAUGAGUCCGACAUCCUUCAAAUUAUUGAUGAUAGAUUCGAAGAGCUGGAGGAGACGGUGGCCUUGGCGCGCUUGAUUCCCCAGCUGCAUGACCGUCUCUUCCAAGUGGAGACGAUGCUGAAGCGUCGUGAGGUCGGUGGAGCUGAAGCCCAGUCGGGGCCGCAGUGGAGUGAGUCCGAGCCACCCGCUCGGAUUGUGAUGCAAGAUUGUGACGAGGCGCCGGAUGAGGACAAUCCGCAGGAGCUACGUCUGGAUUUUGAUGGGAACAAGAUGGGCCAAAACGUGGACAUGAAAGAUGUGCCAACCGGGCUAUCACCAAGAUCAAUGGCCGCUCAUUCCCCGGCCAGGGCUAAGCCAUCCAAAAGAAAGAUCACCGAAAUAUCACGGGAUAAGAUUUCUGAUGUGAAUGAGCAGAUCUUGGACACACAGACAAAUGAGUACUAUACGUUUGGAGAAUCCACAUGGGACUUGGUGAUGUUCAUCGGCACGGGUGCUCUAGGUCCUUUGGGAUCUUUGCAGACCUUCUUAUUGGCUGUGGUGAAUGUCAUGAUGCAAGUGGUCUUCGUGGCAAUUGCCUAUUUUAAUUUCACGUCACCCGAUAUCAAUGAGUCCUCUGUUCUGGAGGCACAGAGAUGGAGGAGAGCCUCCGGGCACUCCCUUUGGAGCUACGAUGAUGUCUCGAAGGAAUCAUUGGCCGAGCGUGUUUGUAAGCUGGACAAGUCUUUAGAGCAAUCUGGGAUCCAGGUGGCUUUAUACGAGAACAUCGAAAAGUAUUUGAAAUCUGACGCUGCUGGCUUGGAAGGAUGGUUCACUGGUCAGGUGCUGUGCAUUGUGGCGCUGGUAUGUUGGUACUUGAUGGUGGCCAAGGAGUUAAGUCAUGCCUCAGCGUUGUUGCGAGGAGUCUUGGCGAUGCCUACAGGGCCAACCAGGAUUGAUACACGAGAGAACCCUUUCACCAAGGCUACUCACUAUCGACUGCGCGGCGUGGCACUGUCUCGAAAGGUCUUUAGCGCAGUGUUGUUCGGAUACCGCCUGGUUGCAGCUGCAGUCCUCGUCUUUGUGGGAACAUUCUUCUUGGUUUACACCGUUAGUGUUACAGAGCUCAUCUUGAAUGCAGUGGCACUGGGUAUCAUUCUGGACAUCGAUGACUUACUAUUCGAUGCAUUGGCCACCACGCCAGGGAGACAUUUGGUUCAUCAGCUGGAUGCUCUACCCAUGCCAUCUCUACCACGAAUCAGGGGCGCUGAUGCCAAGUCAGUGUCCAUGUCCCUGGCGAUCCCUUGUCUCACCAUCCUGGUGUACGUCAACAUGCUCGGACCCUUCGUUGGCACUCUGCAGGACGUAAGCACCGCGAUGUGCGGAGGAAACUUGGGGUUUGUUUGGAAUGUGGACAAGCGGCGGGUGGUGCUCAUGGCUCCGACUUCGGGGGGUGGUUGGGAGGAUCAGGAUGAAACCAAGAUCUAUGCUGUGGAAGAGGGUGAGCGCAUUGGAUUUGGGCUCGACCAGAAUGACGCCGAAUAUGGUCUUUGGCUACGGGAUGUUAACCUGGUUGGGGAUCUCACUGUGCUGUCCCUUGCAGAAAGCAUUGAUCUCUUUAACCCUGAGUGUGGAGACUUGGGUGAUACUGGGACGAUGCUGAACUAUCUCAGGUUUUUCCUGCAGAAUACCAGCCUUCAGGGCUGUGCAGAUGCCGUGCCUUUCUGCAACUCAGUUACGAGCUUGCCAGAUUAUGGAGUAGAUGAUGGGAAAGGAUGGGCUGCUCGAAUGCUUUGCUCUGCAACGUGCGGCUGUCAGACACCUGCAAGUGAUAACUUGUUUGUUCAGGGGUGUCCGUAUGGCCCAGGCAGAGCAUGUCAGCAGUCUGAAAGCUUCCUGCAAUUCAGGGAGAACAGCGUUUGUAUUGAGCAGAAUGCUUCCAGCCUUCGCCAAUUUGCUCCUUGGGUCCAGUGGAUAGAGGCGCUAACGCUCUACGGAAACCAGUCUGCAAAUUUGAAAGGGAAGACGGAGGCAUUGUCGAUCGCCCGGGCUAUGUGGGAUCAUGGAUGUGGCUUUCAGGCCAACUUAAGCGCGGAGAACAUCUCGUGGGGAGACUGCUUCAGCUGGAAUAGCUCCUUCGAGUGGGAGUUCAAGACGUUGGAGGCAUUCUGCCCCCUGACCUGCGGAUGCUCCCGCGACACACUCGAUUCUGCAUGCCCUCAGCCAUUUGGUGUGUAUUCAUGUGAUCAGCUCGAGGAAGCACGUUGUCUCACUUGGAUGGGGCAGCACUACUGCCCAGCCUUCAGCCCUUCCGUAAAAGGCGUCGUUUCUCUAAGUGCCUCGAGCACAGACCCGAACGUCGUGUCUGCCCUUUUCGUGCCAGUGACAAUGGCGCUCAUGGGCAGCCUGGCGCACUAUGCGGGUGCUGAGACCUAUGCCGUCCGCCUUGACUUACAGCCCCGAGGUGUGUUAAUCCUUGGUUUCUUUAGCAUCUUCAUGCUCGAUCCCGCAUGGGACGAGGAAGCCAUGUCCUCGAGGUUGUUUUCAACACCCAUUGCAGACUUUGAAGCGCAGGUGUUGCAAACUACCGCAGCUCUUGGGGGCUCAAUCAACGGUACAGGGCUUCGAAUUGAAGCUUUAACCACGCAGGACCCCGUUCCACUCCGAAGAUUGGAGCAUGUGAAAAAGGAUGUUCAUGGCCCUGGAGCAGCAAGUCUAAAGCAACCAGUCUGA